CUCAACCUUACCUACUCUCACCAAACCUCAACCCACAAAAGCGACACACCAGAGUCAACCAUGGAGUCCUCCAGCAUAUUUUCGCGCUCCUUCUGGUCUCGAGUUGAAGUUGGUGAGCCUAUUGAGACCUCACAGUUUCAAAGCUUCCACUUGUUCUUGAUCAGCUACUACCAAGGCUUGUUUGCGGCCGUAUAUUGCCAUCAGCAUCUGCUCAUUAUUGCAGUUCCUGGACUGCUGCUCAUCUCUUCCCUGUUCGUUCUAUUACAAGCGCUCGACAUCAUCGAUGAAGGAACAUGGACCUUCCCGGAUAACUUCGAAGAAUUGCAAAACGGUGCUAUAUUGUUCGCAGGGCUAGUGUUCAUCGCGAUCCCGAUUGCAAUAUAUAUAGCAUCUCGCUUAGAGGAGAUGCCAACAGAGGCUCCAGAUCAGCGAGAGACAAAGCCGAAUCUCACGCAUGAGACUCACCCACUACGGCUUUGCAGCUCUACGACAGUACCGCUGCAGGCACCUCUCCUCAUCCAGAAGAACAAGUGGUAGCGGACGAUCAAUCACCCCAAUUACCUUCUCAAAGAAAACGCCCUUACAAGAGAAGACGCUCCCACAGCCGAGGUAGCCGAGGUAACUUAUCCGUCUCGCUCUGAAUCCGAUCUUCUCGAACUGUCUCUGUUGGACCAGGCUACGGUUGAGGUAGUGCGUCGUCCUUCAACACCUCAAACACUGGUAGUCUAUGAGGGAGGCUCCUCUGCCGCUCAAGAUGAGAACCUCAUUCACUUGAGACCAGAAACACCGGUACAACACGAUGGAAGUUCCAUUGCCGCUCAACAC